AUAGCGCAAGUGCUGCUGAGCGCCGGUCACAGGACUAUAUUCCUGGUGAACGGGCACUGGAAUGGAAAGGAGGGCUCAUAUCUGGGGAAGUAUGGCAUUGAAGAGUAUGUGAUUGAAAGCGAUAAAAAUGGGAACAAUUGCGCCGAAAAAUUAGUGAAAGAGUUGGCCAAACGUAUGAUCAAAGCGGGUAAUAUCAGCGGUCUGUCACCUCUCGAAAAAGCUGCCAAACGCAAGGAUGUUGUGGCAAAAUGGAUGGAAAAUGCGGUUAAGCUUGAUCAAUUAUUGAUAAACCUGUUAGGUGAAAUUUCCCCGGAUUUAAUUGUGGUGGAUCAGUUUUUGUCAAUACCGGCAAUUGAGUUAUCCGGUAUACCUUAUGUAUGGUCGUGGAGUACAAAUCCGUUGAAAAUUGAUGAUGAUAGUUUACCUCCACUUGGUUCAGGUUUGUCUGCGACGGGAGACAAGACUGAGUGGCAAAAACACAGAGAUGCGAGGAAUCGGGCCGUAAACGAGACAUGGAUUAAAUUCAAUAAUUAUGUCAUCUCAAGAGGUUGUCAGCCAUUGAAAGAAAAUAAAUUUGAAAAUUGCAUAAAAUGUCUGAAUAUUUAUGGCUAUCCAUUGGAAUUGGAUUACAUAGACAUCAGACCAUUGCCUAAGAAUGUCAUUCGUUUUGAUAAUCUUAAACGAGAUAAUGAGAAAACAACUUUUGCGAUACCCGACCAGUUGAGGGACAGACCGGGAAAAUUGGUAUACUUUUCGUUGGGAUCUAUGGCUUCAGCAGAUGUUGAGAAUAUGAAGAGAUUAGUCAAUAUUUUGUCCAAAUCUAAGCACAGGUUUAUUGUAUCGAAAGGACCGCUUCAUAAUGAGUUUCAAUUGGCAGACAAUAUGUGGGGCGAGGGGUCUGUCCCUCAGAUCCAAGUCUUACCGUUAGUUGAUUUGGUCAUAACCCACGGCGGGAACAAUACUGUCACCGAAACAUUUUNUAUGUGGGGCGAGGGGUCUGUCCCUCAGAUCCAAGUCUUACCGUUAGUUGAUUUGGUCAUAACCCACGGCGGGAACAAUACUGUCACCGAAACAUUUUAUUUUGGCAAACCUAUGAUUGUUUUGCCACUAUUUGGUGAUCAAUGGGAUAACGCACAGAGAGUUCAUGAGAAGGGGUUUGGUAUACGACUCAAUACCUACAAGUGCUCCGAAGAGGAGUUAUUGAAUGCAAUCGAAAUAUUGUUCGUACCCGUGCCCGGCACCGGCCAUAUGAACGCCUGUAUAAGUAUAGCCGAGUCACUCAUAGCCAAUGGCCACAGCGUUGUGUUUGCUAUACACCCGAUGUGGUCGGGCUCUCUGGCCAAACACGGCAUCGAUGAGGUUGUGUUGGGCGGACCCGAAGGCGCCCCAAACAAUGAUAAGAAGGGACCGACCGGUGAUAUGAACGAUAUGGUAGCCGUUGCCCGACAUAUGGUCCAAACGGGCAAAAUUAGCGGUCAAUCGCCUCUAGAAAAGGUCAGCCAAAACGGCUCUGGAAUUGCCUCAAGAGUGGAGAAAACUAUUCGUUUUGAUCAACAAAUAGAGCCAUUGUUGCCAACUAUUAAACCCGAUGUAAUAAUAUUGGACCAAUUUAUGGGCUUACCCUCCGUAAUGACAUCCGGCAUACCGUAUGUUCACGUCUGGAGUGCCGGACCUUUAAUAAUGCUGGACGAUGAGCGCACACCACUCGCCGCUUCGGGCGAGACCCUCGCCGGGAGACAGGAGCUAGGCCUCGAUUCCUGGAGACUCCUGCCAUUCCGGGAGCUUCUGGGAACACUACUUUCAUUGCCUAUACCCAGGGAUUAG